ACACACACUCGCGGCGCGCUGAAUAAUAUUAUGGUGGUACAUACCUGGCUGUGAGGUGGAGCGAGCGAGCGAGUCCAGCCGCUGGUGCACCGCAGGUCUCACUCACUCAGUCAGUGCAAAACUAGCAGUGCGUGAGCGUGUGUGCAGUCUCACUCUCGGGCGCAUUUCAGAUUAAUGUUUUCUGAAGAAAAUGCUGACUGCGCUGAGACGUCGUAAAAUCUCCUGAUAUUGUGUUUCGCGCAUCAAGCCACAGAGAGAAAUGCACACCCUGAGGGAGAAAUUUAGCACCCAUACAGAGGAUAAAAAGAAGAAAAACUGCUUCCACUGGCGGGUUUUUCGAUUUGGCGUUCUCUUCUUGAUCUCAGUGCUGCUGAUCCUCUUGGCGUAUGCGUUCAAGUCAGAAGCUGAUGAGGAAAAUGAAGCAAGCGGCCACGGGAAAGCCAAGUUUAUUGCCAACUCUACGCUGCUUGACGGAAACAACUCCCGGAAGGCAGUAUUUGACAUAAACGACAUCAUCACGCACGACAAAUGGCUCGUUCUGCAACCUGGCGAAGGUAACAGCCUAAGUGAGGAGGCGCGCAAGUCCCUUACGUGCGCCGUCAUCGAAGCGAGUUUCGACCAAGGAUGGCGACCUCUGAUUCUGGCCGAACAGAGUGCUUGUUGUAGCAAACCACGAUGCGUUCUGCUACAUUCGGAGAAAAGGGCGCGCUUGCCCUACGACACGAGGAGAUUCCUCGAGAAUUUUGGUGCCAUGAACGAGGAAAAUGUCCAUUUGCAAAGAAACCUUGCGUACUUAUUCGCCAUUCAACACGGGGCACGAUUUGUCAUGGACUGGUACUUGGACGAUCACGAUAUGGCUAUAAUCGAAGAUUAUCCAAACAGGUCACUGCAGCUUUUGCAAUCGACCACACUGGAUAUUUCAUUGGGGUUGGUCAUGGAAAGCUUAUCUGAAACUCCAUUAUUUGCCGUAUCUCCUCGACCCACAAGACGCCUGUACAAUCCACACUCGCAUUUCGGCCGCCCAAAUUUGUGGCCUGCAGGUUAUCAACCUCCUAUUCAGAGGAACCUGUUGCACAAUUUAAGAAAGGGGUCGCACCUUCCAUGGGUUUCGGAUACGCAGUAUUCUCGUAUCAGAAACUAUUCAAAAAUUGAAACCUUCUCCAAGCAGAGGUACAGAGUGUGCGAAAUAAGGCCACCCUCUAUUGAACAGUUUUUAAAUCAACCUGAAGAGCGGUCAUUGGACGAAGCAGCUCCUCCUGUCACUCUGCCAAGCGACACGCUCUCGCUGGCCUCGUCCAAAAUCACAAUUUACUCUGGAGACGCACUUUGGGCGUUGGCUCUGUUGCCGAAUACAGCGGAAAAAAUUCCAUACCAAAUGACACGCACCCUUUGGAACUACCCAUUAGUCGCGAAUAUUGCCGCUGGAAUAAAGGUUUCCCUUAGUCCCCUUUCGUCAACAGGCGUUCUUUACCCACCUUCUAGCGAAGCGACCAAGAUUGCCAGUGCGGAGCUGACGAAUGCGGUGAUGCGCUGGAGGUGCAACAGUCGCAGCAUUUUAUCCUGCAUCGUGCUGCUGAGCCACGAGUUGGGUCCUAAAUUCAGCACUAAUUCGAGUGGUUUGCUGUCCAACUGGGCGAGCGACCUGAAGCGCCUGAGAUAUUUAGAGCCACCUGUUGUGCCUCUUAGGAGAGGCGGCAUGCAAACACCUUGCUUGGGGCACCACGGACUCGGAGGAGUGACUUUUCAGCCCACCACUCACGAGCUGGCAAACACGUCACCCGCCAAGAGGAGAGAACGUCAGCGUCAAAUGGACCAGCAUUACGAGCCGCAUUUUAAGUUGCUCGAAUGGAUGAGUAGGCUGAAUUCAACUCAUCACAGUAACAAGUCCGGUUCGACUGAAGAAAUCGCUGCCGAAGAGAAGCCAGUCGUUGUCGAGCAUAUCGAACUUGUGCCCUUAACCGACGCAAAGCCGGAUACUGUUAACGUCCUACAGAAGGAAAUCGUCGAAGAAAUGUGCCGUGGAUUUUCUAGCAUGCUUCCGAUCGUCCCAAAAAAUCAUUUCGACAAAACCCUGCUCGUCGUCGCUUUCGACAACGACGAAGUGUACGAGCAGCUCCCCAUGAUUGACGUCAUAUACAGAACUCACUUCAGAAACAUACUGUACUGCGGCUAUCCCCACGCUUCUCUGAACACGUACGUCCAUAAACUUCAGCUGGAGAACCGAACGAUUUCGUAUCUGCCGGCUUCGACGCCUGGGUACGAGUGUCUCGUGGGAGCGAUGGAAAUGGAGUACCACGUAGAAGGCUACUUGCUGGCGAGUGCCCACAGUCUCCUCUUGCCCGAAUCUCUGAAAGAUCUUGACAGGAAUGAGUUCUGGUAUGGCAGCGAUGAAAACGACGUGCUAAUUUCCAAAAGCACCUGGCGCCAGGUUGACCCUGGUGGCAAGAAAAUCCCCAGGAUCAUGACUUCCGUGGUGCAGGCUCUACGAUUCGUCGCUCAUCUGGUUGGUGUCCACGAAGACGAGCAACACCACUCGCACGAAGGCGAAACGGGCGAGGACGAACACAUGCAUUCGUCUGAAGAGACGCCGCAGAGCCAGAGCAACAAGACGGUGGCGGAAGUCGCGCCUGCCGAGGAGACCGAAAAUUUCGAGCUGCACCUGCACGCUGAGCGAGUUUCGCCUUUGACCAACCUGACCGACGUAUACUCGACCUUUGAAGCCGGUGUUACGGAGGAGGCUGUGUUCGUGCCCACGGAGGAGCCGUCUAAAGUGAGCACGACGACCGCGGAGUUGCACGUGCAAGAGGACCACAAUAAGACUGUGAUCGACUUCGUUUCGAUCGACCACGAGGAGAGGUUGCCCACAGAGAACAGCACAUACACAUCCAAGGUCGAGGAGCCGAAACUCGAGGAUAAAGAAGGAGACUCGAUUUUUGCGGAAUACGACGCAACAAGUCCUGUCGUCUUCGAGCCGAUCAGUGAAACCCCGCAGAGUGAGCUGGAGUUGAACGUGUCUGAGCCCCACGAAGCCCACCCGGAAUACCUGGACGUCAAAACUCAUCAAGUUUACAACCUGAGCCUUCCUGAUGAGGGCCCUGGGCACACGUUGAUCAACCCCGUGGAGGACGAUAAGGACCUGGAGUCGUCCAACAACUACGCCAAGCGAACUGCCGAAGCCGCGGUGAACCGCACGCGUAGGAAAGCGACUCUCGACCCUCAAAUCCUUCUGCAAGAGAACCACGUCGUGGAGAGCGCCUUCGAACACAUCGCCGAACUGAUCGGUUUGGUGCUGUCCAAGCUGCAGAGCGAGCCAGACGCGUCGCCGAGUCUUCCCUUCCAGCUGUACCAGCAUAACUCUAUGCGUCUCGACCCCCGCGAGUUCAAGCACCUGCGGUGCGGCGGCGAUCACGUGCCGUCUUUCUACGCAAACAAGGAGCUGUGCACGUCGCUGCGGCUCUUCUUCACCAACAUCGACCGCCUUUACCGCACGCAGGGCGGCUUCCUGCCCUCGUACAACCACUACCCUGUGUAUUAUGUGCCUGUGGGCCAGCAGAAGGCCUUCUACUUGCUGGCCAACGUCUUCCUGCAAUUCGGCGUACCUGAACAGGUCGCGGUGCCUCUGGUGCUGCACGGCCUGGCGAACGAGCGGGUGCACCGACUCAAGCGAACUUACUUCGGCAGCGACACGCCCGCCGUGGUCGAGCCCAGCUACCCUCUCUUCGACGAGAGCGCCAACUAUUUAUUCCCCGUUUAUCUGCAGAGGGACCUGCACGGCGACAAGAAGCUGCAGGUCAUCUUCUGCCUCAAAUAUUUGUACAGCAUUCUGUCGUGAUCGUGAGAGACGCAGUUUUUUACGAGAGCAAAUUCAAUGUGAUAUAACUUUUUUGUUGCAUGGUGAAAUGAAAAUCUAUUCUUUGUUGGUUUAAUGAGAUGUGCAAUAAUUGAUGCGCAGCUUUGCAAUUGUUGCUUGUUCAUGUUAAAUUAUUUCCGCGUUUGGCAUGUCCAUUUUACACAAAGAACUUUCUCUCUCUGAUACGUUUAUUUAAAUUUUAUGUACUACUUUCGUCGAAACACUCUGCAGAAAAAAAAUGUUCCUGAUUUAUAUACCUGGCUCAUUGUAAAAAUCAUAAUCAGAUGAAUAAACAAUUAAAAUUGUUAAGAAGGAAUAAA